GUAGCAGGCUAACGUUACUCCCCAAAACUUUAACAUGGGUGGAGUUCCCCUCUGCUAAUUGAUUUUCAUACAGUUAUGGAUGACGGCUGUCUGAAACGGUAGGGAAUUUUACAACUAUUUGAAACAAGUCAAAAAAAAAAUGGUACAGGAGUGCACAGGUUUUUGCUCUGGCCUACAUCUUUAAGGUUUCUGGUGGAGGAUGGCUUUAAAAUAUCUCCUGUUUCUGCUACUUGAUGGCUGGUGAUCACCAAGAAUAACUGGGCUCAUCGUGGGACUGGCCUGGGCCAGCCACAGAUUCCCACGACCCCUCCUCUACACACACACACACACACACACACACACACACAAAUCAAAACACAACACAAGCUGCAGAGGCGCACAAGCAGUGAGGACACAGAGGCAGAGCGGCUUUGCACCACUUUUAGUAAGACUGUUUUUACUAUAAAAGCUUCAUUUCAGGAUCCGCAGCGCCUUCUUUUGCGCUGCACACUGGCUCACACAGUAAAGAAAAGGAUGAAAAACGUCUUAAUGUGAAUAGGAAUACUGUGAUAAUCUGGAUUUAAUACACGGAGGAGUGGGAGGAAUAACGCAACUCAUGGUUAUUUGUUUUGAUGAUGCUGAGGAGACCGUUUCUGCUUCGGAUUUACGUCCAAAAAAAAGUCUGAAGCCAGAGGAUGACAGCAGCCGGUCCUGUCUGCAGCCCCGCCUCCUCCCACUCGUCCCAGUCAUCACCUGUUUGCCUCCCAGCAUGCCAGAGACACCUGAUGAAAGGCAAAGCCCUCCAGACCAAACUGCCCCUGCGCUCUGCCCCAGGUGUGUGGCUCCUGCUGGGUGUAGUGGUGGUUUUGGUGGGGAUGGCUGUUGCAGUGGCAGGCUACGUAUCCGCAGCACCGAAGCCCGUCGGCGUCGGCCGAGGCAGCACCCACACUGAGCGGAUGAAACUGGCCGGGCCCGUGAUCAUGGGAGUGGGCCUGUUCAUCUUCAUCUGCGCCGCCACACUGCUGUACGAGAACCGGGAUCUGGAAGUCCUCAGACGAGAGUCACCCGAUGAUCUCGAGGAUCUGAAGGGGGGAGACGGCUGGGAGGAUUCGCAGGAGCAGCCCAGCUUCAGCUGUCAGGAGCAGUGGGAGUACAAAGAUGGAGAGCAGGCAUCCUGGAGCCCUCCGACCCACACACUCCCCCUCUCAAACCAGAACUGUGGUCCUCCCCUUAACCCACCUCACAGGAACACACACAACACUGGCAGCAGGCCGUCACCGCCGCCUCCUUCAGAUGCAGGAGGUGGAGACAGGGAGGAGGUGGAGGAGCAGGAGAAGGAGGGAAGAUCCACUCUGCUGGCCCGAGUUCUGCACCACCAGGAGCCAACUCCUCACCCUCCCUCCCCCUGCCCGUCCAUCUCCCACUCCUCUGUCUACUCAGACUCUUGCAACUCCAGUGAAAUCAACUUCAACAUACGGACAGGCUUUCCUCAACACUGAAACAGCCCUCUCCCCUCCCACUGGUUCUUCUACUGUAUCAUAAAAUAUGCAUGAUGAGAUUCAUUUGGAAGUUUCACGUGCAGACACACACUUAGGACAAGACUAUGCAUUCCUCAAUGAACAGAUGAAAUGUCUCUUGGUAUGUUUUAGUGCCUCCGAGUGGCGCAGUGGCUCUGAGUCACUGUCUGUGAAGGGUGUUUUGUCCUACAUCGUUCUCUGACUCACCCACGUUUGAAAGAUUGAAGCUAUGCUGUUUGAUGUCAACUCGCCAUCUUGUUGUCUUUGAACUAACCCAUGCCCCAAAAUCCCUAAAGCCACUGCUUGUUUGACCAUAUUUGGACGUGAGAAGGAUUGCUGAAAACUUAUUUGGGUGCAGUACUGGCAGAUGGACUCACUCCCGCUCUCUCUCUCUCUCACACACACACACACACACACACACACACACACACACACACACACACACACACAUGCAGUGGUACGUCUUCAUUUCUUAGCUGGAGAGGUUUUGUUAAGUGGAUGAGCCAGAUUAGGUUUUAAAUGAGUCUUUAUCUAAUCUCACACAUAUUGUAAUCUAGUCUUUAUCUGAGGAAAUUGCGUCUCAGUAUAAACAGGAGAAGCACACAGGGCCACACUCUCUUACUCGACACCUACAUCCACGCUAUAAAUACCAGCUGCUGCUCUGUACACAUGCAAGUGUUAGUGUAGACUCCAGUUUCAGUGUUUUACUGUAAUUCAACUUUUUUUUUUUUUAUUCACAUUGUCAGCUGCUCAGUUUUCUCCCUUCGUCGAGUGUGGUGAGGCGAGAUAUAAGAAUUUCAAUCAGAUGGUGGAUAGAAAAAAAAGAGCAAUGACUGAAAAAAAAAAAGGCAAAAUCUGGUAAGGCUGUUGUGAGUUAUUCCUGACGCAGCUUAACUGAGUAAAGCGGUCCUACGAGUCGUGUAACUGAAGCCUCGCUCUCCCACCAUGCCGACCUUUUAUUUGCUCUCGCUUCAUCAUCUGAUUCCUACGCUUUAUUCAGAUACCCCAUCCUCCAUCUCAAUCCUUGGCUUCUGCAAAACAUUGCAGAGUAAAAUGUUAUCGGGUACAAAUAAGCAAAAGUGAGCCUGUUUGAACAGUCUGAGAGGUAAAAGGGGGUAGGAUUUUAAUUAUCGCCAGAAUUUUCUCCUCCAGCCUCUAAUUACACAGGGGAUCAGUCUGAAGGUUUUUAUAGGUGCUUUAGGACCGCAGAGUAUUUCCUUGUUGUUCGGGCCCAUGCUGGGAUCCUGCCAUCCAGAUGACGACUGAGACUGAAGCGUACAGUAAUUUCCAGCCACACAUUUUACUCACUAAAAACAGCUCUCUCUCUCUCUCUCUCUCUCUCACACACACACACACACACACACACACACAGACACGUACACAGAGACUCAGUAGAGGGUUUUGUGAAGGUACAUAAUGGUGUUAUAAGAUGCUGGAUGUAUUUCAGUAGCAGGUAUGAGUCGGGCAGAUGCGUCUGAAUCUUGCAACGAGCCUUCUUUGCACUUAUAGCUCAGAAAAGCAGAUCUCUCCUCACUCACUCUCACACAUACACGAGUCCUUCUCACUGUGAGAGAUGCUCCGAUGUGUUUACAUUUAGAGGGAAAGAUGCUGGAUGUCAGAGCUGCAACCAAAGAUUAUUACUGAUGAAUCUGCAGAUUAUUUUCCCGAUUAUUGUCAAAUCUUUUUGUCUACAGAACACUGCCUGUUUAUUUUGCUACACCCAUAUUAAACUAAUGCGGUCUAAUUCAACAGUCAACUGCAAUAAAUCUAUCUUUGGUUGUAAUGUUCAGUGUUUGUUGAAACUGUUGUAGAGGUGUUGACUUGACAUUAUACGGUCAUUUAGCAGGCUGCGGUUUUUUAGUGGUGUUUAUACCGACAGUGUUUCUAUUAUUUUGUCCACCCCAUUGAUAUCAAUGAGGGUGGGCCAAAAAACCCAAAUACCAUCACUUCAAACUACAUCCUGCAAAAUGAUUAUAAAGUAGUCAGAAAAUAGUGAAAAAUACAAUAUAUAAUAUAAUACAAUGCCAUCACAAGUCUUUAAAUUGCUUAGGAUGAAUUGUUUUGUCCUAACAACAGUCAAAUAGAAAUUGAGUUUAGUAUCAUAUUAGACAGAGACAAGCAAUAAACUACCCAUUUCAGCUCUGUCAGUAGCAGGAGUAAUCUUGCUCCUGUUUCUGUAUAUAUGUUGCAUAUAGUUUGAUUCACCAGGCAUCAAUCUGACACUAAACUGACCAGAGGGAAUUUAAAUAUCACAUGCAAACAGCACUGCAGCAACACAGAAUACAAGAAAUCUUUGAGGUUUCAUGCGUAUACAGUAUGUGCGUGUACAACAGUGUCAGCGACACACGUUUUUUUGCUGCAUUGAAAAUAUAACUGAAUCGAAUCCUUUUCUCUGAGAGAUGAAUGUGUUUGUGUUGAUACAUAUCUAAGCAGAUGGAUGGGAGGCUGUAAGCUGCUUAACCUUUGUGCUGACUCAGGACACAGGACACAUGCACUUCCUCCGUUCCUUAAAAGAGAGAGGAGCUAUGAUCGACAUUUUUUUUUGUUAUAAAAGAUGUGAGUGACUGAGGCUCAACGAGCCGGAAGAUGCCUGUUUAAAGAAGUGUUUUUUUUAACUCACAGACAUUACCUUUUGCAUCAGGAAAAGGGAUUCAUUUCAGAAGUCUUUGUAAAAAAGUGAGAAGCAUCAGCUGAAUGGAGAAAUGUUUUCCAAUACGAAGGAGGAGUUUUAACCAUUGUCUACAUCUGGCAUUCAUGAAACCAGAGGGAUGAGUUACCAGCUUGGUUUUAUAUGUAACAUUCAUGUUGUAUCUUCUAAUAAAACAAUCUAAAAAGCA